AUGUUCAAACAAGGCAAAGCACCCCCGCGCGAAAUAUCCAUCGACAAGGCGGGUGAUUUUUUGGAGCGCGUCGCUCAAUCAUUCUUCACUGUCGACGGGCAUAGCAGUCGUAAACUUAUGCCAUACCCUCAUGAUCCCUUCAAACGCCCAGCUUUGUGUAUGAAAUAUAGUCAUUUGUCAGUAAAGGACCGGUUGGACAAUCUUCAUGAGUUUUCAGAUUGGGAGAAAAAUUUCUUCGAGUCAAAUACAAACACUUUUGGGAGUGCACUUGGGAAAGAUACCGCAUUUACCGGAGCACUUCGAUGGUACGCCCUGGGUGGGAACAGCAUGGCGGGAUUGUUCGAGAUGGCUGUAUUCUACAAGAUUGAAAAUGGAUGCAUGACUUCGUUUGCCCGAGCAAUUUUAGGUGACUACAAGGGGGAUAUGCUCUUUGGGGCUCCUAUCAAGGACGUUACGCAGAACAAGUUGGGAGUGAGGGUCACCACAAAGUCUGGACAAGACAUCAAGGCAAGAUAUGUGGUUUCUACUAUACCCUUCAUUAAUUGUUUAGGUGAUGUCAAAUUCGACAAUCCAGUAUCUCCCAUUCGUCAAUCGGCGAUUAGGAAAGGACAUAUCAAUAAAGGCGCAAAGAUCCAUUUCAGGCUCAAAGCAACGGAGCCGGGUUAUGGGCACUUGGGCGACAAGGAAAACCACCGGCAGAUAAUCGAUCACUUCCGAAAGGAUAUACACCCAUCCGCUGCCGUUGAAGCAUACGUGACUCACGACUGGACAAAUGAUCCUUACACAAAAGGGGGUGCCGAUUGGGAAGUUGGGUGGAGAGGGUUCGUUGAUGGAGCAAUUGAACAGGGUCACCAAGCACCUCAAAGUGUCGUAGCAGCUCUCAAGCUAGAGCUGCGACCAAAACUGAUACAAAUGGAUACUUGGUUAUGGGGAUCGCAAUAA